AUGGAAAUCUUUAUAUUUCGAAUUCUGUCACUACUGUUGUACCGGAGGAGCCCCGAGCCUAUCGCUAGGACAGUUCAGUAUGUCAAAGCAGUUCCUGAUCCAGCACUGAAGGAUUACUUUAGCAACCAACAAGCCGAAUCAACGCAGCAACAAUCAGAUAUCACAUCGUCUGUCUCCAAACAACCAGAGGCCGCUUCCCCGAAGCAGCAAGAGACCACCGUCCCCGGCAGCAGCCCCAAACAGCAGCCGUCCUCGCCACCGCCUUCGCUGAGCGACACUCCGCACACCUCCAAAGCAGAGACAUGCGAUUUCCUCAAUGCCAUAUUUCUGUUCUUAUUCCGCGAGCUCCGAGACACCCCAGUCAUCAGGCACUGGAUCACCAAAAAGAUCAAGGUAGAGUUUGAGGAGCUCCUCCAGACCAAGACCGCCGGGCGUCUGCUGGAGGGGCUCAGUCUGCGGGAUAUUUCUCUGGGCAACUCGGUGCCCGUCUUCAAAACAGCCAGACUCAUGAAGCCAGUGGCUCUCAAUGAAGACAACAUGCCAGAGGAGCUAAAUUUCGAGGUUGACUUAGAAUAUAACGGCGGCUUUCAUCUGGCCAUUGAUGUCGAUUUAGUAUUCGGGAAAUCGGCUUAUCUGUUUGUGAAGAUGACCCGUGUGGCGGGCCGCCUGAAGCUGCAGUUCACCCGCACGCCUUUCACGCACUGGUCCUUCUCCUUCCUGGAGGACCCGCUCAUAGACUUCGAGGUGAAGUCUCAGUUUGAGGGCCGUCCUCUGCCCCAGCUCACCUCCAUCAUAGUCAAUCAGCUCAAGAGAGUUAUCAAGAAGAAGCACACCUUACCAAACUACAAAAUAAGGUACAAGCCCUUUUUUCCUUUCCAAGUGCAGCCACCGCUGGCGUCAUCAUGUGACCUGGACAUCUCCAUCCGAGAGACACUAUUGGUGGAGGGGCGUCUACGUGUCACACUUGUUGAAUGUAGCAGGUUGUUUAUCCUGGGCUCAUAUGAAAGGGAGACAUAUGUUCACUGCACCUUAGAGCUCAGCUCUGACGAAUGGCGGGAAAAAACUCGCAGCUCCAUCAAAGAGACUGAGGUGAUCAAAGGACCAUCUGGGAGCGUGGGAAUGACGUUCAGGCAUGUCCCAGCCAGUGAUGGUGACACGGUGCAUGUGAGCAUAGAGACUGUCACCCCAAACUCCCCAGCUUCCCUGGCAGACUUACAGAGAGGAGAUCGCCUCAUUGCUAUUGGAGGAGUCAAAGUGACAUCCUCUGUCCAAGUGCCGAAGCUGCUAAAACAAGCUGGAGAAAGAGUGAUAGUCUUAUAUGAGAGGCCAGUCCGGCACCAGGUGCCUACUGUGGGCUUGGGGACACUCCAAGAAACCCUAGGCCCAAUGGAGGAGCCCAGUUAUCUUCAUCAGCCUGGGGGUUACGAGGAGGACCCAGCCCCAAUAACCACCAUGGACAUAUCUGAUAACAGAGACAAUGACUCUGAAUUUGAGGAGCUAAUCGUUGAGUCCAAAUCAACUGCAGCUCCAGUCAUUGUUGACACUAAGGAGGAUUUCCUGCUCUCUGUAAACCAAAGUCCCAAAAAAACUGUGGCCAACUUGGCCAAGCCCCUUGGUUCCAUCUCACCAAUUCUCAACCGUAGACUGAACCUUCAGUCCCCACUCAAACCCCAGCCCAAAGAAUCACCAAAGCCGAAGCCUGUGAGCAAGCACCCAGAGCCUGCAGAGGAAAUCCUAAAUAUUCCAGUCACAAACAAGCAAGAUUCAGCCAAAGACAAGAUAUCCGAGAGCUCCUCCAACACUAGGGACAGUGUCGAUGAGCAGGGUCUCUGGGAAUUAUCUGAAACCAUGUACCGCAGCAGAGCUGCCCGCUGGAACAAAGCCUCUGUGAUCUUUGAGGUGGAAAGCCACCACAAAUUCCUUAAUGUAGCACUUUGGUGCAAGGACCCCUUCAAGCUUGGUAGUCUCUUGUGCUUAGGGCACGUCAGCUUGCGCUUGGAACACAUUGCACUGGAAUGCUUAGCUAUGUCAUCUGCUGAAUAUCAGAGCACCUUUCGUCUAUGUGCUCCUGAACCACGGGCCAGCGUCAGCCGUACUGCUUUGCGCAGCUUGAGCACUCACAAAGGUUUCAACGAGAAACUCUGCUAUGGAGAUGUUACACUCAACUUCACUUACCUUGCAGAUGGGGAGUCAGACCUCUCCAGUGGACUGGUAGAACGUGAGUGGGAAGGAAGUCUUCAGGGAGAGGACUUAAAAGACCGGGAAAAGGAACGAGAGCAGGUACUCACUGCAACCCGGGAUGAACCAAGGUACAGCGGCAUGCAGUUCGGAGAUAUGCGGCACAAUUUUCAAGACACUCAGUUCCAGAAUCCCACUUAUUGCGAUUAUUGCAAGAAGAAGGUGUGGACCAAGGCUGCCUCGCAGUGCAUGACCUGUUCUUAUGUCUGUCACAAGAAGUGUCAGGAGAAGUGUCUAACAGAGUUCCCUAAUUGCGUAGCUGCCUCAGUCCGACGUGGAGCAGAUCCUGAGGCCAAGUCUACCAUCAAUCGGGCAACUACUGGCCUUACACGUCACAUUAUCAACACUAGCUCUCGACUCCUCAAUCUGAGGCAGGUGCCCAAAGCCAGACUUGCAGAACAGGUUGCAGAAAUGGGAUCAGGGGCGGUGGAGCCUUCUCCGAAACAGACACCUAACACAUCUGACAAUGAGAGCAGUGACACAGAGACCUAUACUGGGGCCAGUCCUUCCAAGCAGCCACCUGGUAGCGGUGGCUCCAAACUGGUGCGCAAGGAAGGUGGGCUGGAUGACAGUGUCUUCAUUGCCGUCAAAGAGAUUGGUCGAGAUCUUUACCGUGGCCUCCCAACAGAUGAGCGUUCACAGAAACUGGAGUUGAUGUUGGACAAGUUGCAGCAGGAGAUUGACCAGGAGCUGGAGCAUAACAACUGUUUGAGUGUUGAAGAGCGAGAAACGAUUGACUCCCGACGCAAGGCCCUCGUCUCAGCAGCUCUGGCCAAGUCCGGUGAACGACUCCAAGCUUUGACUCUGCUCAUGAUUCACUACCGUGCUGGCAUCGAAGACCUAGAGUCUGUAGAAAGCACCUCACCAUCUGAACAGCAUGGCUUUCCGAAGACCAAAACUGAGGGUCUGGAGGAGGCACUGAUGGGCACAGAAGUGUACGACAGUGACAUUUGCAGUCCUGUUGAUGUUCAGAUACUGGAUGAGAUUACAGAGGAGCAGAUCUGUGUAGAGGCAUUACCGUAAAGAUGACAAAAGGCAUCAGGGGCUUGGGAUUCAAGAACAAAGACUUUUUCUCAAGUAUGACUUGGUUGACCUGUGGGUGUUCCACAGGUGAUUGUGAGGUUUGCAAAAGUAUUCCUAAAGAUGUACUGACAAUUGUGGAAUUUUGUGAGAGUGUCAGUAGUUUACCAAUUUUUUUUUUUUACAUUUUAAAUUUUUUUAAAUAAAUAUUUUCCCCCAUCUUUAGUCCUUAGUUACUGUUUUAGUGGACAGAAUCAUCACUCUGUAGACUUUUGGCAGUAUUACAUCAUACACAGAAUAUGAGUUCCCAUGACAUGAUCAAACCAAGUUUUACCUGCCUUACCUAAAAGGUGCAGUAAAGUUUUUUACAUAACAAGCUUCAAUAAGGAGAGGUGUGAGCUUGAAGCAAGAUGAGCUUGAAUACAUAUUUUUAUUUUAACUUUGUGUAUUGGUAGAGACUGAAUUAUAUACAUGUAUGCUCUUAGUUACAUCCAUGGUUGGAAAUAUACCCUGUCCAUUGUGUUUUAAGCUUCAAGCCCCUCUGCCUUACACUAUAUCCACUACAAAAUGUAGGAUUAUAUCCUGAACAACAGUCCAUAGAACAUGAUGCCAUUCCUAACCAACAUUUUUCUCUCUGAUAAGCACCUUUUGUUGCUAAUUGUUGUUCAUUUUAAAGCAUAAUUUCUUUAAUGUUCAUGUUUUGUUAUUUUUAGAAUGUUUAAUGUUGAACUGAGAGGGAACCCUCAUAGGACAGAUAAUCUAGAAGUUAUUAUUCUACUGGGGACCAUUCUUUAUCUAAUUUAAAUUUGUCACAAAGCCAAUGUGACUUCUUUUUUUGAGGGAAGUAUAUUUAUAUUGCAUAUGUAUGUUUCAUAAUAUAUGUUUCCAAUAAUUGUCAUUAUAUAAUCUCACAAUUAAUUUGUUUUGAUCCUUUAUGAGUUCUAAAAUGGUGGCGAUUUUUCUCAAACCAAUUUGGAUACUUUUUUAUCCACCAUCAGUUGGUCCAGGGUGAAUGAUUAUGUAUGUGUGAAUGUGUCAGCCUGUUCGUUUUUGGUUUGAUUUAAGUAUUGGAAUGUGUAAUUUUAUUAUCAUGCAAGCAAACUUUCAGUAUGUCUCACAUCUGUGUGCUUUGGCAUGCAUUGUUGUCAUUGAAAGUUGAUUUUACGUGUACUAAUGAAUUUAUCUCCCAAAUGACUCACUUUACAUUCAUUAUUCCGUUCGCCUCUCAACACAUCUCUCAAAGUGUAAAACUACAUCAUUAAAAACUCUCUUUUGUCAAUGCAUACAGUAUUCCUUAAUUCCCAAAGCUAAUGUGUAAAUUCAUGAACAGUCUGUAACCUGUCUGCUGGGCUCAAAAGCUGAGUCAAUUGUAGCCUCUGUCUGUGUAUUGCUGGUUAGUUUUCAUUUACUUUAAAUGGACUUGGAUUUGAUCAAAGAAAGUCUUUAUUGCUGUUACUACAUGCGGUUUACACAUGAACAACUGUAAUUGGCUACAUGCAUUACUGGAUCUGCUUUCCUGAUUUAAAGCUUUUUAGUAAAAACAAAUGACUAGGCCUUUAGGUGGCGAGGACAAAACUCCUAAUCCAGGCGUGGCCAACUUCGGUCCUGGAGACCCACAGU